CUUGGUUUUUGACGUUUCUUUGCAUCGAGAAACCAACAAAUUGAUCACUUUUUCAUCGGUAAAUAUAAGUACAUCUAAGAACCGCAUUGGAAUUUAGUCGUGUAUUCUUUUUCUUUAAGUUUCGUAAAAUAUUGGGUUGUUAAAAUGUCUUGUUCUCACGAGAGAACCUAGGCUUCGAUGGACAGUGAUGGAGUUCAAUGGAUGUCGAGUGAAUGAGGUGUCGGACCCCGCAGAUAUUGAGUUUUACUCCGGGCGAUCGCAUACGCCAAGUCCCGUACCAGUGCUAACAACAAAUGUAUGCUGCGAUUUAGAAGACAUAUUGAGCGACGCCAUAUCAGAAUCUCUUCAGAGCUCUCUGAGAAUAAGUCGUAGUCAACUCAUCAAUCAAGAGCUAACAGUAAGGCCAGAAGCGAACAUUGAGUCUAACGUCCCAGAAGGCCUUGACUUGUACACAGUUAUUUACGAAGUGGAGAGCGACACUGACACAAGAAUGGGAGACACAGUGGAUGGAGCCAGUGUUCAGAAUAUACCAGUGAAGAGCCAAGAUUCGUGUCGGCAUGUCGGCGGUUCGAAGUUCUACGAGGUCGUAGAAGGGUCUGCUGCGGACACCUCAACUCCGUCGCCCACGGAGAAACACGACCACAUGAAGCCUAUUGAAAGCGAUGAUGAAGUAUCAGAUGUGGACCAGGAGUGCACUGUGUUCUGCGGCGUCAGCUACCUGGGCGCGCAGAACAUCGCCGACCCCAAGUCGGAGACGGACAUACAGCGCAUCAUGAAGGAACUGAGCUCGAUGCCCGAGAACAGAGACGGUAUAGCCGUUUCUAUAUCUAUACCAGUGUGCUCACAGGGGCUUGUUGUACUAUACCAAGCGGCCACGAACAGUGUGAUGACUCGGUACGCAGUCAACAGGAUAUCGUUCUACGCCAGAGGCGCGGCGGGCUCGCCUGUCGCCUCGUGCUUCGCCUUCACCUGGUCGCACGGCGAGACCAAAGAGUCGGCCGUCUACCGCUGCCAUGUGUUCCGGUGCCAUAUUGCUGAAGCCGUCAACCAAGUGUCAAGCUGUUUCGCCAAAGCAUUCGAGCGCAUUCCGCGAUCCAUGGCGUCUUCGCUCGUCGGCGACCUCAGCGCUGCUCCCUCUAUGACCGGUUCCCUCACUGAGGGGCUCGGGCCCGCUGCGCCGCCCAUGCAACUCAUGCACGUCCUGGAAUGUACUGUGGACAUAAAGGAGACUGAUGCAAAGGGCACAUUUAGCCACGUACCAAAAGAGCGUCUCGGCUACAAACUGCGCGGCGGCAUAGACAAACAAGUGACCAUCAACGUUACACAGGUCUCCAACAAUGUACAAGCGGAAUCCGAUGAUCUACAGUCUUCAUACACUGGCGGCUUAUACAUCGAGAGGUGUUUCGGAAUAUUACUGGCGCCCGGACGUAGCGUCAAACAUUCCGAUAUGCAACUGCUGGAAAUGGUAAGCGGUUCUUCAGGGGGUUCAGGUUGCUCGGUGUGCGCCCUCUGGAACGCAGGCGAGUCAGCGCUGGCCGCCUUCAACGUAGCGAGUGGCGACGGCGCUCCGGCCUAUAUGUCUCUCGCGCUAGAUCUCGUUAUUAGGGGCAUUAGAGACCCCUUGCGACUUGUAGUUGAAACGCCGGUGAAAGUGUUUCCGCCUACAGAGAGAUUUUGGUACUACUCGAAGAGACCCCUCGUACAGCAGUUCUAUAUCAAUUUGAAAGAGACGGUAGAUUCGCUGGGUCAGCUCCAGUACGAAGUGGCGAGUGUGGAGACGUCGGGAGAGCUGGACCGCUCCCGUCUGAACCUGCCUCUGUCGCUGUCCAGCUUGCUGCCGUCGCCGCUGUCCACUGCGCCCGCGCCGCCCUCGCCUUCUGAACCUGACUCCGAUGGUGACGAACCUCUUCUGAGUGGCACUGGCGAAGUGUCCAAAGAUUGUGGUGUCGAUGUACUAGAAAAUUGGGCACAAGUAUUGAGAAGUUGGAUCGGCCCCAGGCCUCGUGCGUUGAAUCAGCUGGUGCGUGUGGGGGUGCCUGAAGCUCUGCGGGGGGAGGUCUGGCUGCGACUGGCCGGCGUGGACCAGAACGACAAGCUGAUGGAAACGUAUCGCACUCUUAUUAGCAAGGACUGUCCGUUCGAGGCGGUGAUACAGCGCGACAUAGCGCGCACGUUCCCCGCGCACGACUUCUUCCGCGAGGCGGGCGGGCUGGGGCAGGACUCGCUGCUGCGCAUGGCGCGCGCCUACGCCGUCUACGACCACGAGGUCGGCUACUGCCAGGGGCUGAGCUUCUUGGCUGCUACCCUGCUGCUGCACAUGCCGGAGGAGCAAGCAUUUUGCCUGUUAGUGCGUCUGAUGUACGGGUACGGGUUGCGCGAGUUGUACAAAGACGGUUUCGAGGCGCUGUACAUGCGGUUGCAUCAACUGGACCGGUUGAUGGAGGAGCAAUUGAAUGACCUGCGCGCUCACUUCCUGGAGCUGGGCGUGGAGCCUCAUAUGUUCGCGUCGCAGUGGUUCCUCACCGUGUUCACUGCUCGGUUUCCAUUACCAUUGGUUUACCACAUUCUGGACGUGUUUUUGCUGCAAGGCAUGGACACACUGUUCCAAGUUUCCCUAGCGUUGUUGACGCGCGCACGCAAAGAUCUCUUGCAGCACGAUUUUGAGGGCGUACUCAAAUAUUUCAGGGUAACUUUACCAAAGAAGUGUCGUGCAGAGGAGGCGUCGCGUCAAAUAGUCAAACUAGCGUGCAGUAUUAAAGUCAAGAGGCUACAGAAGUACCAACUCGAAUACGAGAAGUUUAUCAAAGAAACGGCAGAAAAUGAAAAAAUAAACGUGGAGUUGGAAAGGUUAAAAGGAAUAAAUUCUCAGUUGCAACAGGAUAAAGAAUUGCUGGAGUCACAACUCGCACAGAGUCGCAGUAGUUUCGAAGAGGCACAGAAAGAGUCGGUGCACUAUGCAGCCGUAGCGCGCGACUACAGAGAGAUCUGCGCGCGACUCGACAAACAGUUGCACCAAGUUCAGGAUUGUGUGAAAAGUUGUAUGAACUGCAGUUUAAAAUUAGCGCAGAAGGACAAUAAAGAAGAAAUCGAACAAAAGGCUGAAGAAGAGAAAGAGAAUUCAAGCGACACAGAGGCCCGUUUAAAGCAGAGAGUGCGAGACCUUGAGCUGGAAUUAGCGCAGGUUAAGCUGGCACAUGUGCAGGCGCAAUGCAGUAAUCAGGAGUUGAGCCACCAACUGAACGCAGCGCUGAACGAGAUGCAAGCGGCCAUGAGUCAGAAGCAGUCGGUGACGCCGUGGCUGGUGCGCACGCUGGGUUCCAUAAUGGACGCUGCGCAAAUCCGGCCAUCAUUCCAAACCUAUCUUCCGCAUUUGAAUCCGGAGCAACAGUCGCCGUCGCUUCCUAGGCAAGGUUCUUUUUCGACUACACAGGGACAGAGUCAAGUGAAUCUCGACCGACGUGUGUCAGAACCGUACAGUCCCGACGUAGAGAGGAGGAAGAAAGAUCUCAACGCAAAAAGACACUCUAUGCUAGUCGAAUCGAAUCAUAACAAAGAAGUAAAAGACCUAAAUCGACGGAGUCACGAGGUGAUUGUAAAGAACCUUUCGAUGGGUUGACGGUGUUCUAUUUUUAAAUGUUCGGUUGAUUCGAUUUGAGCGUUGCGUUCGAUGUUUGAAUGAGUAUUAUGUUCUCAAAUUGAUAUUAUUAUUGUCUAUGGUGGAAAAAAAUGAGCAUGAUUUUUAGUGUAUUUAAUUAGGUUUCGAUGCACAUAAAUAUCACUAGUCAGUACAGUAUGUAACCAGAGUUAUGUAUUAAUGUGGAAAUUUAGAGGAGAGCUUGCCAUUUUCCAUUCCAUAUUAUUGAAUAUUUUAUUGGUCUAUCUAGAAAAACUGCGUUUAAAUCUUAACGCAUUUAGAUUUUUUUUAUUAUUAAUUAUAAUCUUUAUUUAUAUUAUUUUAAUGAAUAUUCGAAUGCUUUUGUAGUUAUUUUCUUUUUGUGUAAUUGAAAUACUCUUACUAAUUAAAAGUGAAUAGGUUUGAUGCAUGUUGAAAAAAUAUCCAUAAUGUCAGCCACUGACGAUCAAGUAAGCUUACGUGCCUGCACCGUCGGCAUGAUGUCAUGUACAUCGCGACCAACACACGAUCAAGCCGUUAGCGCUGCAGGCAUGUGAGUUUACUUGAUUGUCAGUGACUGACAUUAGAUCUCCGCUGCUGGUCGGCAAAUUGUAACAGUACUCAAAAAUUAUAUUAUAGGUAUUCUGAUAUUAAACAACACUCAUGCUAAGCAUGCAUAUUUAACGGACGUUAAAAAAGCGUUUAAACACAACAAAUGCAUUCCUAAGUAUACGUUCACACGACAGCGUUUUUAAAACAUGACGCUUUUUUUAGCAGUGUUGCAUUUUCAAUGUUGGGCGUUGGAAAUAGACCUUCAUUUACCCCACAUUCGCACGCGAGUUUUUAAAACGGACGUUGAAAAAGCGUUUAGAUACAAAUUCCAUGUAUAUGUUCACACGACAGCGUUUUUAAAAUACAAACGUUUUUUUAACUUUAAUUAACUUCAUACUAUAUUUGAACGCUUUUAAAACUCUUGUGCGAAGAAGGGCUUAAGUUCAUACUAUAUUUGAAUUUAAACGCUUUUUUAACGUACGUAAAAAAACUCUCGUGCAAAUGAGGGGUAAGAAAUACCUAUAGAAAUAUACAGUUCGCAAAAAGUCAGUGUCAGUCUGAAGUUGGUUUGAGUGCGCAAAAUAAACAGCAAUUCGAAACGCGAACUUCAGAGCGACAAAUAUACUUAGCGCUAACCAUACAUUUAGAAAAGGGAUGUAAAAUUUCAGCCGAUAGUUAUUUAUUUUCUGAGGGAUAAGGAAAGUCAUACAUUUAGUGUAGAGAUUUAUGUACAGUCGCCGACAGAAACAAUCAUUUAUUAAUAAUAUUUGAAAGCGAAUGUUAUCAGGGCUACAUAGUAAGUAGUGUAUUAAUUAUUUUUAUAAAUACAAUUACGUGCAAUAUUCUGGCCAUCUGGAGAGAAAAUAGAAAUAUAUUAGACGAAAAAAUUAUUUUAAUACUUUUAAUCUGUAUUCUAAAUUGCCUUGUGCUUCAAAGCCUAUAAAUUAUAUUAUUAUUAGCAGCAACAAAAAAAAAUUAAAUUUACUCUUGAAAUGUUUAAUUUUGAUAUACAUUUUGUGAUGUAAAUAAAUAUUUAAUUAGGAGUAGCAAUUUGGUUUAGCGAAAUAUUUACAAAUGUAACCUAAGUAUUAAAGUUAACAGAGCACUGCUUUUGUUGUACUAGAAAUUAUAUCACAGAUUAAACUAAAGCUUUUUCGUUGUAAAUGGAACGAAACUCAAUUUCUGCAUAGGAAUCCAUUAACAGUUUACUCUAAAAAUAGUCAAAUUAUUAUAUAUUAUAUAACAUAGCAUGUUAAAACUUUAAUCUUGUACUUUCACCACCAUUAAACGUCUGUCAUUAAAAAUUUUAAAAGUUUGUUCCAAAUGAAUAUUAUCCAACGAAUGCCUGCGACUUGAUCCGCGUACAAUUGCUGUCAGUAAAUAUUUUUUUACGAUUUCUUCAAAAAGAUAAAGACCCAAUUCCGAAAUUGGGCCCACUCUUCAGAACGAUACAGAAAUGAAAAAUGUACUAAAAAUACUUGUCUUUUUUACUAGAUUAUUCCAUUUAAAUCUUAGACGAAAUGAUAUUGGCCAACAGGGAAAAUAAGCUGAAUUUAUUAUGUUCAUACAGGUCCACCUUUACAAAUGCGUACUUCACUGAUUGACUUUCUGUCUUUGAAUGUGAAUGUAAAUGUCAUUGGAUAUGUUUUACAGUAAAUACACUGUAUGUAUACAGCAGCAAGCCAUAAAAUCAAAAAAAAUAAUUGAACAUUAUAGGUAUAUUGUCCAGCGUGGAGGAAUAUUGACCUAACCCCUCUCAUUCUGAAAGACACUCAGGCUAAGGCGUGAGCCCAAAUAUGGGUUGAUAAUGAUGAUGAAUUUAAAAUCAGAAAGGUAAUCAGAUUCAGGAUUGUACAUUUUUCUGUCUGGUUGCAUACAAUCGGUAAGUUGUCUUGAACGAAAGUAAUAUUCAUGUCGACAAUUUGAAUUAGAGAUUCUUUUCUUUUCCGAAAAUGAAAGCCCACGCGGAUUAAGUCGUAGCGACCAUUUGUCUACCCAUAUACACACAACGAAUUUGAGUACCUAUUGGCAACCAAAAAAAUAUAUGAACACAACCUAUAAAUACCUAGUAAUUUAAUCUAUUUCAUAUUUCCAAUUAUCUAUUUUAAUUAAUACACAGCUGUAACUUGUAAUAAUUUUGAAAUCACUUGAUAUUUCCUCUUAAAAAUUUAUUAUUUCUUAUGAUAUGUACCUGUUCAUUCUUACUUUUCAAAGUAUAUAGCAUUAAGAUAUCUGGUUAUUUAAAUAAUUUAAGAAAGGUAUAUCAUUUAUUGACAAUAAUAUAUAGGUAAAAUAAUAAUCAUUUAAAAUAUACUCAGUAACUUACCAGUGUUUUAAUAUUUUAUUUACGUAAAUAUUCAUAUAUAAAACAAUUUGUUUCUUAAAUUAAUAGUUAUAUAAUAUUUUAAUAGUAAUGAAUAUAACACGUUUUUUUUAGAAAACAUGUCAACAGUAGGUUCUCUGAAAUAAAAAAAGUAUUAUAAAUUGAACUGCACUAUCAUUAAUGUGUGCGAAUUUGCAAAAAUGUGAUUGAAAAUAUAAUAAUGCUAUUUAUAAGAUUUUUCUUUGAGACUGUACUGUAUUGAGCGAAACACUGUAAUGAAAAUGUAUUUGUGAAAAUUGUAUGAAUAAUGAAGAGAAAUGCCAUUAUGUUGAUUGAUUUAUUAAUAUAUUAUUUAUUUUGAUUGAUUACUAAUUUAAUUUGUUUUAUAUAUUAAACGUUUAUUGGAUAUGUUUAGUUCUGAAUACAUAGAUUUAUAUAUAUAAAUAAAUAUAUUAAAAAGCUCCUAGUCUCUAUCCAGCCAUUUUGGUUAAAUAUUAUUUGGUUAACCGUCUACGCAGUAACUUGCUUUUAAUUAUGUUAUAGGAUUUAACUACAGGGGUACACGACGCCAUCUUUUUAAAGAUAUAACAUAUAUUUCUUGAUACAUUAUAAAUGAUGUAAAGUAAUUGUUUCAAUUAAUCUUACUGGUGGUAACAGUUGAUACAAUAAUAUGUAGGUGACAAAUUACAAGACCGCAAAAGACGUUUGUCACAAUGUAUCUAAAGGCGGAAAUUCCUUUUUUCGACAUGUCGUGUCGUGAUGACAUUUUAUAUGGCAACAUUUACACCUAUGUGUUGUGACAUGUCGUGAUGUCACAACACAUAAUCAUAAAAAAUGUACACGACAGAUAAAUAUUUUUGCCUUUAUUCAUUUAAUUUCAACCCAUUAAAUUAAAUAAUUAAUGACAAUAUCACUAAUGUUAUUGAGAUAUCGGCAAAAGUCAUUUCAAUGUCAUAAACAUUGUGGAUACAUAUGCACACACCUAAACGUUGCUAAUUUUUGCUUACCUUGCCCUAGGCAAAGGCCUAGGGGCAAAGCUGUCAUUUUAGUGAAUUAAAUUUGAAUUAAAAAACAUACCUAUACAAUUAUACAUACAUACAAUAGUUGGAAGUUCUAUUGUACCUUGUGAACCAAAUGGUUUCAUUGUGUCGCCGUAGAAGUUUGAAUGACGAUGUAUUUAUUUGUUGUACUUAUACCAAAAUUCAAUUGAAUUUUUUUAAUCUCUCUUUAAUGUAACGAUAUCCUUGCGUAUAUCGUCGUUAUCAACCCAUAUACGGCUCACUGCUGAGCUCGAGUCUCCUCUCAGAAUGAGAGGGGUUAGGCCAAUAGUCCACCACGCUGGCCCAAUGCGGAUUAGCAGCCUUCACACACGCAGAGAAUUAAGAUAAUUCUCUGGUAUGUAGGUUUCCUCACGAUGUUUUUCCUUCUUGGAGGUGCAUGCCCCGGACCGGAUUCGAACCCACACCCUCCGGAAUCGGAGGCUGAGGUCAUGUCCACUGGGCUAUCACAUAUAUAUGGCUCUGCCUUGCGUAUAUACUCAAUAUGAAUUAUGAUAUGAAAAUUGACUUUCGUCUAUAGCGGCACCAUAAUUUGUUCAAAAACCUAAUGUGAUCGUGGCGUCCUACCAAUACCCCCUGUAUAUUUAAUAUUAUACAUAUUGUAAUAGGCACAUAAAUAGCCUUAUAAAUAACGCGAAGACAUUGAUUGUGAUGCAAAGUUACGAGUGAGCUGUAUCCGCUGAGAAGUGUUGUUUUAGUCUUAUCAUUUAUGGAAAUAAACGUUUUACAAAU